GCAGUAUUUGGACUAUACGGUACUUAAUUUCCUCAGAGAUUUGAAGAGAUUGAACAUCAAGGUGUGAGCUAAAGAGGGUUUUGGAGAUUUCACACCUGGAGUUGAAAAUGGACCUCACUCACUUUUGGGUACUGGGGACAAUGCUCGUGUUGAUUCAUCAGCAUCAAGGUGAAAGUAGCUCCACAGCAGGCCCCAGCACAGAGGAGGGCCCCCCGACGCAGCUCCGCCACACGGCCCACCAUCGAGAGAAACGCUGCUCGUGUGAGAAUCAGAAAGACAAAGAAUGUAUUUUCUUCUGCCACAUCGGCAUCGUCUGGGUCAACACUCCAAGCCAAGUGGUUCCGUAUGGAUUUGGAUCAGUUCGUCUGAGAAGGGAGCUGAGCCGCUGCCUCUGCAAACACAAACUGGACUCGGAGUGUGAGAGGUUCUGCUCCAUCAGACCCACCACGGAAGAGAACAUCAGCCUGGGUAAAAGGACAACCUCGUCACACCACAAGGUUCACCGCAAUGCAUUCUGGGAGAAAAGGAACCGACACGCCCUCAAGCCUCACACCUGAACGCACCUAUGUAUUUGUCCUUCAAAUAGAGGACCUUUGUACAGCCUGUCUGUGUAAAUGUAGGAAGAUAUCUGUAAUGUAUUCACUACCAAGGACGCUUUAUGGAAAAGUAACCAUAAUAUGCUUUUUAUAAUUGUAUUUAAAUGUAUAGAAUCUGCAUUUCUAUUCUAUGAUUGUCGU